AAGAGAAGGGAGAUAAAGGCUUGUUUUAACUUGUAAAGAAAGCCCGCUCCAUACUCAUAAGAGAGAAUAGAGGGUCGUUGAGAGCGGAAGCAAACCGCGGAAACGUUCCUUCCUCGCGAUCCAAAGCUGUUUACUGGUCUCUUUGGUUCUUUUAGUCUGCUUUCUGAGCCCUUAAAGAUGCUCCCUCUAUCUUUGCUGAAGACCGCCCAAGGGCACCCCAUGCUGGUAGAAUUGAAAAAUGGGGAGACCUACAAUGGCCAUUUGGUCAACUGCGACACUUGGAUGAACAUCCAUCUUCGAGAAGUCAUUUGUACCUCCAAAGAUGGAGACAGGUUUUGGAGAAUGCCUGAAUGUUACAUCCGUGGGAAUACAAUAAAGUAUCUUAGAGUUCCUGAUGAGGUGAUAGACAAAGUUCAAGAAGAGACCAAGAGCCGUUCAGAUAGGAAACCACCUGGAGUAGGGCGUGGAAGAGGAAGAGGAGGUAGGGAGGAUGGUCCUGGUGGACGUCAGACUAAAGGCAUUGGACGUGGCCUAGAUGAUGGUGGUUCUAAGGGUGCUGGUGGAGGCCGAGGCAGAGGUGGACCAGGUGGGAAGGCCGGUGGAGGCAGAGGUGGAGGACGAGGACGAGCGUGAUUGUGCUUAUAAUGUGAAAGAGCUUCGAUGGGCGAGUUGCUACUUUUAAAGGCAUUUUGGCCCAACUCUCAUGUGAAAUGUCUCGGGUUUUUUUGGUUGUGAUGCUUCUUAUUAUGGUAGUGCGAUUUAGAUUGCAUGGUUCUUUCGCGCCAAUGUAGCCGAUGUGUCUGUUUCCUCUGGUGGGCUUGAAAAUUUUAUCUUGACAAUGUUAUCAUAUUUUUGCACUUACUACUCUGUCCGUUGCUUCC